CAGGGCCCUGCUGCUCAGAGCCAGCGUCCCAAGCCAGUUCUUAACCAACGCACCAUUCUGCCGGCCCUGAGCAUGUCUUAAAGAUUCAAAAUAAGUGGGGGUGGCCGCACCCUCUUCCAGGACACGCAGAAGCCUUUCCAAGAUGAGUGGGGUAAAACUCAGGAUGUCAUGUAGAAGAGCCUGAGCCAGGCCCUUUUAGCUCUGCAUGCCCUAAGUUUUGCCUACACAGACCCCAUCUCUAAAUUCCCGAAGAACCACUUCCUAGAUGAAGGGGUGAAAUUUAUCAAGAAGAUGAGUGACCACCUGCAGGCCACCUGGCCCCCAGGCUGGGCUAAGCAAGUAUCUCUUCAAAAGGCUCACCCUCAAGCACAACUAGGAGCCUCUGGAGCCCAGAGGCCUUUAAGGGGCCCCUCUGCAUUCCCCAGGCCUGAGCCUCUCCUGCAACCACUAGGCAGCCUUCUAACCACCCUGGAGCCCUCUUUCAUGCCCUGGACCAAAUGGAAACAAGCUUUUUACAAGAGAAGAAAAAAGAUGGUUUCCUGGCAGAAUGUUCAUAAAGGCACUCUGCUCCUAUCCCAGGUGUUCCUGGAAUGGAGAAUGACAUCCAUUUGGGCAAAACAAGAAUGAACAGGAUGACACUUUAUUGCCAGAGGCUAAAAUGCCCAAUGAUAAGUGAUACAGGCCCAGCUAGUCUAGAAGGCAUCUGUUUGUUCCCCUUUAUGAAUAUAGGCAGAAAAACGUGUAGUGUUAGAGACGUGCCUGUGACCAUAUAAUGAGGUGAAGACUGUGACAUUUUUAUCAAGCCAGGGUUUCCUCCCAAAGGUGACCAGCCCUUCCCCACCCAUUCUCCAUACCUGCCCAGGCCUGUUGUUGCUACCCAGGGAGCUAAGGCUCCUCCCCCAAACAAAUGAUAUUGUAGACCCAAUAAACCUGGACUUGCCUCUCUGCCUCUGGCUUUGUUUCAUUCUCCUUUCCUGCUCUCUGUCCUGUCUGCAAAUCUUGGCUGGUGUCAGGGAAGGAAUUCCAUCCCAUGGCCUCCCGCUCUGGGGAGCCAGGACUCCUUCCCUGUGGAUCCUGUGACAUGGUUUUCCGGUCCUGGGCCCUGUUGGCCACCCACACUCAGCGCUUCUGCAUUGGCCGUGUGACCCAGGAGGUGACACUUGGAGCACAGCCCUCAAGAGCCACUGAACCCCAAGGCCCCAUGGUUGUGCCACAAGAACAUCAGCACCUCCCAGACCAGGAAGCCAGCAAGUCGGCUCUAAGGAGGCUAACAGAGGAGGUGCAGCGGCUGCGGCUGUACCUGCUGGAAAUGCAACCCCGGAUAACAGAGGUUCCCAGGGGGUCAGAGGCGCCGACUCGGGGCCUCACCUCUGAGGUUGCUGGGAGCCCUGGCGAGCGACUGCGGACGCUGCACCGGACUCAUGCAAAGCGCGUGGCAGAGACCGAGGCACAGAGCCGGGCCCUGGAGCUACGCGGCGAGGAACUGAACCAGCGCCUCCAAGGUUUGGCCAGGACCCAGGGCGGUAUAUCACAACCAUUAGGCUUGGAGCGGGAGCUUCGAGAACUCCGGGCGGAGGCCGGGCGAACAAGGGGAAUUCUAGAGGUGUUAGAAACGCGCGUUCAGCAGCUACAGCCAGAGCCAAGAGCCCGGCUGAACUCCUUGCGAGAGGCAGAACUCUGUGGCCCGGUGCUACAGGUCAACCCGGGGACUCUGGCUGCCGAGAUCGGGGCCCUGCGUGAGGCCUACAUUCGAGGUGGGGGCCGGGACCCCGGCGUUCUAGACCAGAUAUGGCAGUUACAAGUGGAGGCAUCAGCUCUGGAACUUCGGAGGUCACGGACCCGCAGGGGAAGACCCACAGGUUCCACGUUGAGGGAGCUUCUAGUAGUGGAAGCCGAAAACCGGCGCCUGGAGGCAGAAAUCCUGGCUUUGCAGAUGCAGAGUGGUGCAGGCCAGGCACCCUGGGGGCCCGGUCACCCGCGACUUGUGGCCAAUCCCAGCCCUCGCCUGAGGAGGGAAGAUUCCCCACGCCUCCCACCGCCAGUGGCACCCCGGCUGCCACCGAUUCCACACUCCACAGGCGUCCUAUUCUUGGGUGGCACAGAAAAGGCUGUGAGAACCCAGGAGCUUCCUGGAGCCAUGACUAGAAACCUGGGCCUGGAUCCACACUUCCUCCUGCCCACAAUUGACGUUCUGGGUCCUGCACCCUACGACCCUGGGGCUGGCCUGGUCAUUUUCUAUGACUUCCUGCGGGGCCUUGAGGCGUCUUGGAUUUGGGUGCAACUAAUGGCUGGCUUGGUUCGAGAUGGACAGGGUACAGGUGGGACCACAGCAUUGCCCCCAGCUCUUUGCUUGCCCCCGCCUCCAGCUCCUGGGCCCAUGGGCAACUGUGCCAUCCUUGCCAGCAGGCAACCUGUACCCAGACUACCACCCUCGCCACCAGUAUCCUUGGUCUGUGAGCUACACGCUUGGCAGGGGCUGGAAGGGGUUAGGGUACCACAGCCAAAGGCCUGGGCCUCACUGGUGCUUUUUGACCGGAAUCAAAGGGUGCUAAGUGGCCGUUGGCGUCUUCCACUUCGGGCCCUUCCUCUGGACCCCAGCCUUAGCCCUGGGCAGCUGAAUGGGAUUCCCCAGGUGAGUGGAGGAUGGGAACUGGGUGUCUACUCAAAGGUACAGAUGCAGUACCAUUUCACUUCUCCCCAGGUAGGUCAGGCUGAGCUCUUUUUACGGAUGGUGAAUGCAAGAGAUGCAGAUGUCCAGACAUUGGCAGAAAUCAAUCCAGCAAGUGCCCUUGAGUACCAGUAUCCACCUCCGGUGCCCAGCCCAUCUUCACUGGAAGCCAGAAGCUCCCUUGAUGCAACAGCUGGCCUUGUUGAUCCCCCUCCUCCUGCAGAAGAGCCCCUUGGCAGCAGGGUCAAGGGUAGAGAUAAGGGUUUGGGCCCGUUAAACUGCUCUGACCCGCCCCCACUGGCUUUCUAAAUCCAGGAGAAUGUGGGUAUGAAUAACAACAUAUACAGGACUAGGGCCUAGAUUGAGGCCUAGUCCCAGACCUGUAGCUUUACUGUUCUAAAAGAGCCUAGAAGCAAAUAGAUGAGCACAAAAUAUAAGCUCCAACUACAUAGCUUUAUCACACUUGGCCUUUCUUGACCGUUUUCCUUUUGUAAAACAGAUUGAUGUGAGGAUUAAAUGAGUAUGUCAGGUA